GUGGCACUGAAUGAUGUUGACCUCAGACUCAUCCACUGAGAAGAGUUCUCCUUACUUCCUGUCCAGAUUGUCUUCGAAAUCUGUGCCAGAAAAUGGAGAUGUGACAUUCACUUGCAAGAUAACUGGCAAUCCCAAACCCAAGAUCACCUGGUGUAGGAAUGGACGAGAUAUAAAAGAACUGGAAGACUUUUCCAGCUAUGAAAUAACAGACGAUAACUCAGUUCAUACUUUACAUCUGUUUGGGUGCGCAGAGGAACAAGCUGGUGUUUAUCGAAUUGUAGCCAGUAAUUGUUUUGGAAGAGUUCAGUCUUCAGCUUUUCUUAAAGUGACAUCUGGUGCAGAAUCUGAAGUGUGUAAAACAGUACACGACAAUCCCAAAAACAAUGUAAGAACUAGCAGAGCAAAUGACAUUACUGCGCGUCAUUGGGAAAGUUCUAAUCAGGCUAUAGAGAAUACAGAAGAUUUAGUAGAAAAAAAUGAUUCACCCCGUGAGUGUUUUUUACCUUUAGGAUCAUCAGAACCUCCAGCACCAGAAUUCAAUGGUUUGCCCUCCAAGCAAACCACAUUUUCCCACCCAGUGGAGUGUGAAAUUUGCCCUCCAAUGGAAAAUCAGCACAAAAAUAUUCAUUAUAUGGGAGACGAUAUAUGUGCCAAAAAUGCACUCAGUCCAGAGGCAAAUAAUGGUAGCUUUUUGGACACAACCCAGAAUACAUCUGAUCUCUGCAUUUAUGAAAGCCUUGAAAUGUCUAGGGAGUGUACUGAGAGAGAAAUGUCUAGGGACUGUGCUGAGAGAGAGGUGCAUACAGUCAACAGCUCACAAGUGGAUUCCAAACCAGCAAGUCAAAUCGAUGAUCAUACAAACAGCUGUUCCCUUAAUGCUGAAGACUUAGCUGUUUGUCAGACAACCGAAUAUGCCAAGACACAUGAAGAGAUUUGCCUCAGUGAAGUUCUGAGAAAGGAGGCACUGUCCCUGAGUCAUAUAGCCGCACCUCUAGAAAGUCAGACCUGUGGUCUAGAGGAUUCCUAUAAAAAUGCCGACAAUGAUUUUGAGAUUCUUCCAGGCAGAACCUUUACUACAGCGGAUGACGCAUCUGACAAUGAUAGCCUGGAAGACCUCAGAUGUUCCAACGUGACGACAGAGGAGUUGUGUCAAGAGUGGGAAAGGGAGCUGAAGUUUCUGCUGGAAAGCGAUGAUGAAGAUGAGUUAAUGCUGGGUUACGAUUGUGACGGGUGUGCUUACUUCCUCGGCGAAAUGCCUCGCCUGUGUCAAGUGUCAGAUAACACCAUGCCUAUGGAUGCCACCAUUGGCUUCUGUGGUCAUCAGUCAAAAUCCAAAGAAGUAGCUGUCAGGAGCGGCCUCGCUGCAUGCAAUCCAUCACUCUUACCAACAGGAAUGACCCUGACUGUUGGGCAACAGCAAAGUAAAGCUCCCACCACGAAAGACAAAGAAAAGUACGAGCAGCCUGUGGCUUCCAUGGCGAUUGAAAAUGAUUAUCCCAGAAUCGAAGAGGAAAACAAUAGCAACGGUCAAUCGAAUGAAAAUUCUUCUGUCGACGGAUCACGAAGCAUGGGAAAUGAGCUUUUGGGGAUGGAACCCUCUUCUUGUGGUAUGAGCAGUUCCUCUUCAGUCACAGAGAAACCAAACAUGGAGAGAAGCUCCUCUCGGAAAAACUCACAAAAAUUUGCAAAGGUAAGGGAGAAAGUGACCAAAGGAAGAGGCAAAGACAAUGUAAUUGGUGCGAAAAAGGUGUCAAAAUGCCCUCUAAAUAAAUUGCACCCCAAAGAGCUUCAUGCUGCAGAAAGUUGCACGAUCCAAGGGGAAAGAAGUUGUUUGGAUUCUGCCGCACCGCUUCAUGGAUGCAACCGCAGUGAUCCAAAUGAAGCGUACCACCAGGAUACAGUCAAGUCUUCAACCCAUUAUGGCUUAUUAUAUGGCAAAGAAGGAGAUGAAAACAGCCCACAAGAAGGCAAAUGGAUUAGCAGUCUGUCUGAGGGAAACCAGUUGCCAGAUGAAAAUGGUUCACUUAUGGUAAGGGGAAUCAUUUUAACAUUUAAUUACAGGCUUUUAUACCCACUGGCUUGA